AUGAGUGACAGACCAGCAUCAAGGCGUUGGGGUAAGUGUGGACCUCUGUGUAAACGUGAGAGCAUCAUGGUGGCAUUCAAAGGAGUCUGGACUCAGCCUUUCUGGAAAGCGGUGGCAGCUGAGUUUUUGGCAAUGCUAAUUUUUGUUCUCCUCAGCUUGGGUUCCACCAUCAACUGGGGUGGAACAGAGAAGCCUUUACCAGUAGACAUGGUCCUUAUCUCCCUGUGUUUCGGACUCAGCAUUGCAACCAUGGUCCAGUGCUUUGGACAUAUUAGUGGAGGCCAUAUCAAUCCUGCUGUGACUGUGGCUAUGGUCUGCACCAGAAAGAUCAGCCUUGCUAAAUCUGUCUUCUACAUUGCUGCUCAGUGCCUAGGUGCUAUCAUCGGGGCAGGGAUCCUCUACCUUGUCACACCUCCCAGUGUGGUGGGAGGCUUAGGAGUUACCACGGUCCAUGGAAAUCUUACAGCUGGUCAUGGGCUCCUAGUGGAGUUGAUAAUCACAUUUCAAUUGGUGUUUACAAUUUUUGCCAGCUGUGAUUCAAAACGAACUGAUGUCACUGGUUCAAUAGCUUUAGCAAUUGGAUUUUCCGUUGCAAUUGGACAUUUAUUUGCUAUCAAUUACACUGGUGCCAGCAUGAAUCCUGCCCGAUCUUUUGGACCUGCUGUUAUCAUGGGAAAUUGGGAAAACCACUGGAUCUACUGGGUAGGACCAAUAAUUGGAGCUGUCCUUGCUGGUGGCCUUUAUGAGUAUGUCUUCUGUCCUGAUGUAGAACUUAAACGCCGUUUUAAAGAGGCCUUCAGUAAGACUUCUCAGCAAACUAAAGGGACCUACAUGGAGGUGGAUGACAACAGAAGUCAGGUAGAAACCGACGACCUGAUCCUGAAACCUGGAUUAGUGCACGCAAUUGAUGUUGAGAGGGGGGAUGAAAAGAAGGGAAAAGAUCCAUCCAGUGAAGUGUUGUCUUCAGUAUGACUAUCGAGUAGCACUGAAAGCAGAGAAGACCCCUCAGAUUUCCUUCCACCCAUUAAAGAAACAGAUUUGUUAUAAAUCAGGUGUGUGCAGGUCUUCUGGUUUUCAAACGAGGAAGCAAUUUCUGGGUUGCUUUAUGUCAGAGUCCUUAAUUUCUAAAUGUCAGAACCCUCCUUCUCCCUGCCUAGGUGAGAAGGAGACCUGCAGCAGAUUAUAAACCAAAUUCUAAAAAAGUAUCA